AUGAGACAGCUCCUCUCCAUCCUUGCAUUGCUGGUUGUUUCGGUGCUUUCCACGGGUGUUCGUCACCCACAUGAGCUCGUCGCUAUCCUAGACCCCAUCUCGCAACAGUGCAGACAUGUUGCCUUACGGGAGCUAGCGCAGUUCAGAGGCCUCUUUGACGAUGGAUACGCCGCUCGCAAAACUAUUGAUACUGGGGAAGAACGCAUCCAACUCGUCCACUAUGAUCAAAAUUAUUUGUGGACGUAUGCAGAGAGUCUAUGCGGGAAGAGAGACUCCUGGAACUUCCAUUAUAUCGUGCCAGAGGAGCCUCUUGCUGAGCAGGCUAGCCAAAUCGUUCUCCAGUCAUCUACUAGCUCUGCCUACAGAGUCGAAGUACCGCCGCUCGAAGUGGAGCCUCUCAUAACGUCCGGAGACUCCAGGAAUCGCGUCGACCUCGUGUUCUUCGCAGAUGGUUACACGUCCGAAGAGAGAGACAAGUUCUUUGACGACGCGAUGCGUCUUGCCGAGGACAUCUCGGGCAACCAGACCUUCUACACCGUGAAGCCGCUACUCAACUUCUGGGGAGCGUUCACGCCGAGCAAGGAGAGCGGCGUUGGCAGUGGAGGCAAACCAAAAGACACACCAUUUGGACUGUAUCGCGACGGGACCGAGCUCCGCGGAGUGUAUUACAGCAAGCCGGAGGUGGCUCGCGAAGCUUGCUUCUCCUUGGGUGGACAGUGCGACUAUCCAAUACUGAUGGGUGCCGACUCACCCUUUACGCAAGGGCUGGGAGGCGAAUUCACAGUCAUCACACCCUCCCUCGCAAAUGGGGCUUUGGUGUUGAGACAUGAACUGGGUCACUCCGUCAUCGACGUUGGCGAAGAGUACGACGGCGGCUUCGCCUACUUCGGCGCGAACGCCGCGCACAACGUCACCGUCACCGACAUCCCCUGGGCGCACUGGCUUACCAACUCCUCGCACGCGCACUCUCACUCGGCCUCCAAAGAAACCCUAACGGCACGCGUCGAACGAUCAGUAAUGCCGCUGCAGGCGUACCCGUGGACGCUCCUGAACACCUCUGAGCCAUGGGCGACGACCUUCAACUCCUCAGGGACGUACGCCUGGCACCUCGUGCGCUUCUCGUUGUCGGGGCUGCCGGAGAAAGAUGACCUGCGCGUGGAGCUCGACGGGCACGACCUCGGGUGGGUCCCGCGCGCGGAUAUCGGCGUCGACAGGUGGCACUACGACAUCAAGCUGAACCGUACCCUGGAAGGCGGCGAGCACAAUGUGUCGUUCACGCUGCGUAACGCGAAGCGGAAGGGUGAGGCGCAGUUAUGCAGCGUAGAGGUUCUGGAGUUUGGCGAUGAGGACGAGUUCGUUACGAAGCCGGGGCAUUACAGCCUCUACCCCACGUUCUCGGACAAAAACGAGACGUCGUACCGGCCAACGAACGAAGACUGUCUCAUGCGCAUCGUGACCACGCCCAACUUCUGCAAGUCCUGCACGGAAGGCCUCUGGCACGCCCUCCUCCACCGCGUCGACCCCAUCGACGACCUCCAGCCCAGCUGCACGCGCGACGCCUCCGGGACCUCAGAGCGCACGCUCGAGCUCAGCCUCGUCCCCCUCGCGCACCUCCGGGAGCACCCGGUGGACGUCGCGGAGAGCUACACCAUCACCUGGUCGAAGGACGGCGCGGUUGUCGAGGCGUUCACGAACAAGACGACGCUCGUGGACGAGGGCGACGCGGUGGGGAGCUAUGCGGUGCAUGUGCAGUACACGACGGAGGAGGUGCGGGUGGACCCGCGCGGAUUGCUGACGUCCACCGCUGCGGUCUUUGUGGGUACCCGAUGCGGGGCUUAG